AUGGCAAACCAAACAAUAGUGUAUAUGUUGGUUCUCGCUGGGUUGACUGAUCUCCCUAGUCUUCAGCUUCCUCUGUUCCUGGUGUUUUCCUUGAUCUACCUUAUGACUCUGACUGGAAACCUUCUCAUCGUUUCCCUGAUCUUCACUGAUUUCCAUCUUCAUACCCAAAUGUACUUUUUUAUUAGCACUCUGGCAUGUUUGGAUAUAAGUUGCUCUUCAGUGACUACGCCAAGAAUUCUGUUUGAUUUACUUACAGACCAAAGACUAAUUUCUCUGCAAGCUUGUCUAACUCAGAUCUUCUUCUUCCUCUUUUUCAUUGUAUCAGAGGUUUCUGUGUUGUCAGUGAUGUCCUAUGACAGAUACAUUGCCAUCUGUCGCCCUCUUCACUAUAUGCAGGUAAUGAGCUGGAAAGUUUGUGUUCGGUUUGUAUCAGGUGCAUUGGUUUCUGGUUUGGUAUAUUCAUUGGUGCACUCAAUUUUUUUAACUAAACUGACAUUUUGCAGCUCAAAUCCUUUACAAAGUUUCUUUUGUGACCUGCCCCAGCUACUUGAGGUCUCCUGUAGUGACACAUUCAUCAAUGUAUUGCUUAUAUUUGUCUCUGGGAUAGUUUAUGGUAUUAUAGUUAUAGGGGUCACUGUUUACCCAUACAUCCCUAUAAUCACCACUCUUUUUAAAAGCAAAACAUCAAACUACAUAAGAUCCAAAGCUUUCUCCACCUGCUCUUCACAUCUAACUGUGGUCAUUAUUUUAUACAGUACUUUUCUCUUCAAUUAUUACCGCCCAAACUCAAAGUAUCAUUUCACAGAGGAUAAAGUGGCUUCUGUAUUUUAUGCCAUAGUAAGCCCCAUGGUAAAUCCUCUGAUCUACAGUCUGAGGAACAAGGAAGUCAAAACAUCACUAAGAAGAACUUUACAAAGACUUCAUUGA